GCCAUAGCCACCCACGACACGACUCGAUUCCCAGAUCCAAAUCCAUCCAUCCAUCCGCAGCGGGCAGGCACACACACACAGGCUUUGCGUUGGCAGGGAUGGACGCGUUCUACUCGACCACCGCCUCCUCCACGUCGUCGGCGCCGUACGGCGGCUACGGCGGCGGCGGCGAAGGCUGGGGCUACGACUCGAUGAAGAACUUCCGCCAGAUCAGCCCCGCCGUCCAGACCCACCUCAAGCUCGUUUACCUCACCCUAUGCGUGGCGCUGGCCUCGUCGGCGGUGGGCGCGUACCUGCACGUCGUCUGGAACAUCGGCGGGAUGCUGACCAUGCUCGGCUGCGUCGGCAGCAUCGCCUGGCUCUUCUCGGUGCCCGUCUACGAGGAGAGGAAGAGGUACGGGCUGCUGAUGGCGGCUGCCCUCCUGGAAGGGGCGUCGGUUGGACCCCUCAUCAAGCUCGCCGUGGAAUUUGACCCAAGCAUCCUGGUGACAGCGUUCGUGGGGACUGCCAUUGCGUUCGCGUGCUUCUCUUGCGCGGCCGUGGUGGCCAAGCGCAGGGAGUACCUCUACCUGGGCGGACUGCUAUCUUCUGGCCUCUCCAUCCUGCUCUGGCUGCAGUUCGCCGCCUCCAUCUUCGGCCAAUCCACUAGCAGCUUCAUGUUUGAGGUCUACUUUGGGCUGCUCAUCUUCCUGGGCUACAUGGUGUACGACACGCAGGAGGUCAUCGAGAGGGCGCACCACGGCGACAUGGACUACAUCAAGCACGCCCUCACCCUCUUCACCGACUUCGUGGCUGUCCUUGUCCGCAUCCUUGUCAUCAUGCUCAAGAACGCGGCUGACAAGUCGGAGGACAAGAGGAGGAAGAGGAGGAGGUGGUGAAAAUCUGUGUGCGAACACAGCACUCAAGGGAAGGGAAGGCCACUGGUGCGUCUGAAAUGAAGCUCCCACAUAACUAGGUGUAUACAUACAUAUAUAGGAGCGAGGAGUUACUUUGGGGUGGAACUGAACUGUGCAAGUGUCGUUCCUUUGUUUUCUCUUGCUCUGUCAUCAGUGAGCCUGUUGAUAGUUUUGUCCUGUCCUGUGAAUGAAUGUGACAAAUCUCCACCAGUUUAGCGUCUGGCAUUC